UUUCAAACACAGCGUGCGCAAUCUCCGGCUCGCGCUUCACACAGCAGAAAUUAGGAUAUCUAUGUUGCUUACUUCGUGCCGCUUUCUUGACCUCAGGGUUAACAAAUAGUUUGUGUGUACUGAGCUACGUCAUAUUACGGGCAUUGUUAGCUUAAAUACACGGACAGUUAAUGGGAAUUUUUUAAACAUCUUAUAAACCUUAAAAUGGCUGUUAUUGGAGUUUUCAUGUUGCUAUUGACGUUGUCAAUGAAGGUUCCAAGCGUCUCAUCCUUGACGAACUACGAGUUUUACAAGGCUAUUGAACCCUACAUAUCUGAAUCUGAUGCUGAUUACCCAGACGGAAAUCAAACAAUGGAGGAAAGCAAUGACGAUGACAUCAUAGAUAUUCCAGGUGGUCCGAAUGAUGAACUGGAUGUUGAAUUUCUUGCCAAUGCGCUUGGUAUUAUUUCUGCAGUUGAUGAGGAAAAUGAAGAUGAUGACCAAAUCAACUUGGGUUCCUUGAGUUGGCACCAUCAUCACCACCACCACCACCACCACCACCAUCACCACCACCACCACCAUCAUCAUCACCAUGCGCGUGCUUCGUGCCACUGUCAAAGUCACCAGUGUAAAUGUUGUGUGUCGCAAAGGUUCAGCGUCAAGAUCAUAUGGAAAAGGAUCAAGUUUACACUCAGAGCUUGCGUGACUGCACGAUUUAGUCGUGGACUAUUCUCGCUGACCUUCACACUCAACGGACGUCGACUCUUUAGCAAGAGGAUCAACCUUCGCCGUGUUCCGCGUUUGUGCUACCACGUGCCCGGUCUGAGAAUAGCAAGGGUCUGUCUUGAGCUGUACAAUAUCAACAUCAGAAGUAGGCGGGUUUGCGCUCGCAUUGUUGGGGAGCUAAAUCUCAAGAUCAAAAGGUUUAGAGUUCAUCUGAAACUAGGGUGCUUCCGUAUCCCACUAGCCAUUGAGGAUGGAAUAAGUCCUGAUCAAGUCACUGACGAUGGAGAGGGAUGGAAUAAACAUAGAUCGUUGACGGAGAUGUUUUCCGACCUGGCACUGCCUCUCGAUCAAGUAACGUCCGAUGACAUGGCACUGUCUCUCGAUCAAAUUGCGUCCGACGAUUUUGCACUACCCCCCGAUCAAAUUGCGUCCGACGACUUGGCACUAAAGUUUAGAGCGUUGGCCGAGUCAGUGGAAGGAACACAAAAUGAUGACUCGGAAGAUUAAAGACAUGUUUCUGUAUCCCAACCGCAGUGUCGGGCUGAUAACAAUCGAAAUGUGUAUCAAUGUUCCUUCGGUGUUCGUAUUCUUGUAUACAUGUAUUCAUAUAAAGUUUCUUGUUUUUUUCUGUUUGUGCAGUAGCUGAAACUAUAAACAGUUGUUUGACAUUCCUAAGAAUUCACAGCAAAUGAGCAAAUAUAUAACGGUAAAACAUCGAUGGAAUACGAAGCACAUUUUUAGAAAUCAAAUCUCACUUCAAAAAUCAAAUAAACUUUAUCUAGUAUUAUAUUUACCGUCCAUGGAUGAUAAUCAUAAAACAUCUUAAGACAAGCUAGCUUGAGUCACUUCCCCUAUUUCAAAAAAUCUAAUUUGUGAUAUGUUAUAAAAACUUAUUGAAUUAUUUCUUUCAAUUUGACUAUGGAAGUUUGAGGAAAUGAUUCAAGACGCCUUAUGAAUACGGCCCUUGAAAAAAUUGUUAGCAAGCUCGCCAGUUGUUCACUUUAUUACAAAGUAUCUGUAUUCUUUGAAUAAAAGUAUGUAUUAUA